AUACUCUUUUGAAGAUCUCUCUCAUACAAUAUCAGACCAUUUUCUGGACAAUUUUAGUAAAGUAUCAGAGGAAGAACUUAUGACCAGUGGAAGCCAAACCAAGCUUAAUGUAGCACAGAGGCCUUCUUCAACAUGUCUAACACCAAGAGAGGAAGAAGAUGAUGAUGCAGGAGAAAAUACUUGUGGGCCUUCAGGUUUAUGGGAGGCGCUGACACCUUGCAAUGGCUGCAGGAACCUCGGGUUUCCCAUGCUGGCACAGGAAUCUUAUUCCAAGAAGAGAGGUUAUGCACUGGAAGCAAUACCCUCUGUACCUCUGGAAGCAGUUCUUGCAGACAAUGACAGCAAUCUUUGUGAUUCCAUAGAUAUAGCAGUGACCAAAAAACCUUGUUCCCUAGAGAUAGCAAGAGUGCCCUCUUCAAGACCAGAUAAUGCACCUCAAGUAGCAACUACUGCACCAGGAUCUGGUAACCGUAGAAACAGCUCCACGGGCCCAACACCUGACUGCUCUCCUCCAUCACCAGACACUGCACUUAAAAACAUAGUGAAGGUUAUACGUCCUCAGCCCAAGCAGCGCACAUCAAUAGUAUCUUCUCUGGAAUUUCACCGAAUGAAUCACAGCCACAAUUAUUUUGAAGUCAACUCCUCCAUUGGCUGCACAAGCUUUAUUUCCACUCCUGCAAUCAGUCCAGCUAAUUAUUUCUUUGGACCUCUGGAAUACAACGUUGAAGAAAGAGAACUUCCAGAGCGUCUUUGCCAAGGAGAGACCUCCACUGAAAGUGAGCUUCCUAAAGGACACCCUGCUGAACAGUUUGCAGGUUUACUUCAUGGAUCCUCCCCUGCAUAUGACCCACCAGACAAUCCUCUCCAGCUGUACAGCAAAGCAAGCCAGUGCAGCGGCCCCCUGGAGAAAAGCCUUCUGAGCAAGAGCGCGGCGCAGCAGAUACAGCUGCGGAAAGAAAGCAGCACUGAUCCUCCCGUGAAGAAAAAAAAGCCUCCAGUGGUAAACAGAACCAUAUUCCACACCAAAAGUAAGCCAGUGGAAAACCACACCUUGGUUGGGCCCUCGGCAAGGCUGAGUGAACAGUGGGCUCUCAGCAGCGGGGGGUUUGUGGAGCGGGCGUGCACGCUUGGCAGAAUCCGAUCCUUACCAAAGACCCUGCUGGAAAUGCACAUGUGCAAAAACGUUUCCAAGUCUGAUUCUAACCUUAUCACCCAUCCACCACAUGACAAAAAAGCGAGAAGCAACUGGAGCGAGCCAACGCCAAAGCAGCAGUGCUCCAAAGGGAAUUCAGAGAGAACACCUUCCUUCACCUCCGAAUGGGAAGAGAUUGAUAAAAUCAUGAGCUCAAUAGAUGCUGGAAUCAAUACUGGACUGGGGGAGAUGAAUGAUCCCACUACAAGACCCCGAUGCCCUGUCCAGACAGUGGGACAAUGGUUGGAAAAUAUUGGGCUACCUCAGUAUGAAAACCACUUGCUGGCAAAUGGAUUUGACAAUGUGCAAUUUAUGGGAAGCAACGUAAUGGAGGACCAGGAUCUCCUGGAAAUAGGAAUCCUUAACUCUGGACACAGGCAGAGGAUACUCCAAGCAAUCCAGCUUCUCCCAAAGAUGAAGCAGAUCGGUCACGAUGGCUACAACCCCACCUCUGUAGCAGAAUGGCUGGAUUCCAUUGAACUGGGUGACUAUACCAAAUCCUUUCUAAUUAAUGGCUAUACAUCGAUGGACCUUGUGAAAAAAAUCUGGGAGAUUGAGUUAAUUAACGUCUUAAAGAUCAGCUUGAUUGGCCACCGGAAACGUGUUCUGGCAUCUUUGGGAGACAGGCUUCACGAAGAUCCUCCUCAGAAACCACCUCGGUCAAUAACCCUCAGGGAACCCAGUGGUAACCACACUCCUCCUCAGUUGUCUCCAUCACUUAGCCAAAGCACUUUCACUACUGGUGGCUCCCUGGACGUUCCCCACAUUAUCAUGCAGGGUGAUGCAAGAAGAAGAAGAAAUGAGAACUACUUUGAUGAUAUUCCCCGGUCAAAGCUGGAGAGGCAGAUGGCACAGGUAGGUCUGUGUGAUGGGGGCAGUUCACUUGAACAGUCCUUGGAGCAGAGACUUGGACCCAGAUCUUGUUUCUCACAGCAGUCCUCUGUCUGUGAGAUCUGGAGCAACCAGAAUGCAGGAUAUCCUUUCUCAUCGAUUCAUCAGGUUCAUAAUACAGGAGACUGGGGAGAGCCUUCAAUUACCUUACGACCUCCAAAUGAAGCCACAGCAUCAACACCUGUACAGUACUGGCAGCAUCAUCCAGAGAAACUCAUCUUCCAGUCAUGCGAUUAUAAAGCCUUUUAUUUAGGUUCUAUGCUGGUAAAAGAGUUGAGAGGCACAGAGUCAACACAGGAUGCGUGUGCAAAGAUGAGGAAGUCUACGGAACAGAUGAAGAAAGUGCCAACCAUUGUCCUGUCUGUCUCCUACAAGGGAGUCAAAUUUAUUGAUGCUACAAAUAAGAACAUUAUUGCUGAACAUGAAAUCCGUAACAUUUCCUGUGCUGCACAAGACCCUGAAGACCUUUCCACCUUUGCAUACAUCACUAAAGACUUGAAGACCAAUCACCACUACUGCCACGUAUUCACUGCGUUUGAUGUGAAUUUAGCUUAUGAAAUCAUUCUUACGCUAGGACAAGCAUUUGAAGUGGCCUAUCAGCUUGCACUACAAGCACGAAAAGGAGGCCAUUCUUCAACCCUCCCAGAAAGCUUUGAAAACAAACCCUCCAAACCUAUUCCCAAACCGCGUGUUAGUAUUCGGAAGUCAGUGCAGAUAGAUCCAUCUGAACAAAAGACUCUUGCGAAUCUACCAUGGAUUGUUGAACCUGGACAAGAAGCCAAAAGAGGCAUUAAUACCAAGUAUGAAACUACAAUUUUCUGAUACAAAACUGUCCCCUUGUUCCUUGUUGUGCCUUGCACGCCAAGCAGUCACAGCACAGCCUUUCCUUUAUGGCAACAUUUCAAUCCAGCAUAGAAGAAAACUGCACUGGAUGAGUGGCCUUGUAACUAACAAAACAAACAAACAAACAAACAAACACAUUAAAAAAAGGCUGACAGUCAUUUUUGGUGAUCUUCUUCCUGCAGCACUGACAGAAGAAUGACACUGUAUGAAGACUUUUACAAUUACAGUCCACAAGAGGAGUGAGAAACCUUCUUUUUCCACGCAGUUUUCUCCCUUGUGACUCUGCCACAGUGCUUUCUUUGAUUUCUUCUUUUAGAAUUCUACUUUUUAAACAGACAAACAAACAAAAAACCAACCAAACCACAAAAGGUCUCUAAACUAACACUAAUGCUGCCUAUCAGUAGAAUAUUUGAUUGGGUGGUUUUUAUUUUGGUUUAGGUUUUUUCUUUUCAUUUAAAUCUCGGCAGUUUUUAAUUGAAAUAGAAUCAGAGUUAAUAAAACAGAGUAUUUGUGAAACCACUGAAUUCAUUCAUAAUUACUGUGUUGAAUAAAGGACUCGUUAAAGUGACAAGACAUUAGGCACUCUGAUUUCUGUGUGCACUGCUUUUGUAUGUAAUCGUUGGUGUCCUUUGAUCCUCUACUGAAAUAGGAACCUUCCUUGCGUUGUAAGAAGGGAUCAGAGUUUUAUGAAUGGUUAGGGGGGGAAAAAAAGGUAUUAAUGCACAGAAAACAUUUAAUAGAUAUUUUUAUGGAAGAGAAGUACUAUAAGGAAAACAUAUUGAAUAUUUAUGGAAGGAAGCCAGAUGAGUUAUGACAAAAUAUUGUUUAUUUUAAAGUUAAGUAAGCCACUGCUGUUUGCAGCACUAUGAAAAACGGUGUUGAAGAGUCGUAGCAUCAGUGCAGUGUUCUGUGUGUGGGCAGUCUGGAAGGGAAGUGGAACAGUCUACAUUCUACUGCACCUACCUGGAGUUUAUGCAGUUCAACAUUGCUAUAGCCAUGAAUUCUACUGCUAUUUUUUUAGCAAAAGAAAAGAUAAUAAUCUCAGUGGUUCUUAAGACAAAAAAAAAGCAUAGAUUUUGCAAUCAAGACUUCUGUUACAGAAAGCUUGUUUGGGAAAAAAACGUUGCUAAAAUUCUACUGCAAAUCAGUUUUGUUUUCUAGAUAAAAACAAGCAAGAAAAAGAAAUCCAAAGUAACAACAAAAAAAAGUUUUCACAGUUAAGCAUUUGCUUAGUGUUUGAUUAAAUAAGAAUUUGAUUCCUUUUUUUUUCCUCUUUGAAGCGUUUUGAUUUCUUUUUUUUUUUUAAAUGUCUGUGGAGUAUUUGUAUAAUACCAUGAUGUAUAUUUAUGUAGAACUGAAAUGAUAACAGUGCAAAUAUCACUAUAGGAGAAGAAGAAGAAAAAGAAAGGAAAAAAAAAAAAAGAAAAAAAAAGGGAAGGAAAAAGAAAGAAAGGGAAAAGAAAGGAAAAGUAAAGGAAAAAUAAAAGGGAAAAAAAAAAAGGAAAAAAGGUUUAAAAAAGAAAAAAAAGAAAAGGAAAGGAAAAGAAAGGGAAAAAGAAAAGGAAAAGAAAAAAAGGAAAGAAAAAAGAAAAGGAAAGAAAAAAGGAAAGAAGAAAAAAAAGGAAAGGAAAAAAAGGAAAGGAAAAAAAAGGAAAGGAAAAAAAGGAAAGAAAAGAAAGGAAAGGAAAAAAGGAAAAGAAAAAAGGAAGGAAAAAAGGAAAAGGAAAAAAUGAAAGAAAAAAGAAAAUGAAAGAACAAAAGGAAAGGAAAGAACAAAAAGAAAGGAAAGAACAAAAAGAAAGGAAAGAACAAAAAGAAAGGAAAGAACAAAAGGAAAGGAAAGAAAAAAAGGAAAGGAAAGAAAAAAGGAAAAGGAAAGGAAAAUGAAAGAAAAUGGAAAAUGAAAGGAAAAAAGUAAAGGAAAUAAAAAGAAAAGGAAUGAAAAAAAGGAAAAGAAAAGGAAAAAAGGAAAGAAAAAAGGAAAGAAAAAAGGAAAGAAAAAAGGAAAGAAAAAAGAAAGGAAAAGGAAAGAAAAAAAUGAAAAGCAAAGGAGAAAAAAAGAGAAAGAAAAAAAGGAGAAAAAAUGGAGAAGGAAAGGAAAGGGAAAAAAAGGGAAAAAAUGAAAAAAAAUUAAAAGGGGAAAAAAGAGAAGAAAAAAAAAGAAAAGAAAAAAAAAAGAAAAGAAAAAAAAAGACAUUUUAAUGUAUAUUGUUCUAUCCAGUCAAAUUGUGAAUCAUUUUGAAGUUCAUUAUGGAGAUAUUGCUAAAUUGUGUGGUUGUCUCAAUGUUUUUUUUAAUUAUGAUUUCCUCUCCAGCUGAGGGUUUUCGGUUAAGAAUCAUCAGUUGGUAAAUUCCAAAAUUUAAAACUAUAAAGAACGAAAUUGAAACUAUAAAUAAUGACAUUGAAACUAUAAAUAACAGAAUUGAAACUAUGAUGAACAAAACUGAAACGAUAACAAAGUUGAAACUAUAAAGAACAAAAUUUAAACUGUAAAGAAUGAAAUUGAAGCUAUAAAGAAUGAAAUUAAAACUAUAAAGAAUAAAAUUGAAACUAUAAAGAACGAAAUUGAAACUAUAAAGAACGAAAUUGAAACUAUAAAGAAUGAAAUUGAAACUAUAAAGAAUGAAAUUGAAACUAUAAAGAAAACUCUAAAGAAUGAAAUUAAAACUGUAAAGAAUGAAAUUAAAAACUGUAAAGAAUGAAAUUAAAUCUGUAAAGAAUGAAAUUAAAACUGUAAAGAAUGAAAUUAAAACUGUAAAGAAUGAAAUUGAAAAUAUAAAGAACAAAAUGGAAACUAUAAAUAACAAAAUUGAAACUAUAAAGAAUGAAAUUGAAACUAUAACAAAGUUGAAACUAUAAAUAACAAAAUUUAAACUGUAAAGAAUGAAAUUAAAACUAUAAAGAACAAAAUUUAAACUGUAAAGAAUAAAAUUGAAACUAUAAAUAACAAAAUUUAAGCUGUAAAGAAUGAAAUUUAAACUAUGAAGAACAAAGUUGAAACUAUAAAGAACAAAGUUGAAACUAUAAAGAACAAAGUUGAAACUAUAAAGAACAAAGUUGAAACUAUAAAGAACAAAGUCGAAACUAUAAAGAACAAAAUUGAAACUAUAAAGAAUGAUAUUGAAACAAAUUGAAGCUAUAACAAAGUUGAAACUAUAAAUAAUAAAAUUGAAAGUGUAAAUAAUGAAAUUAAAAUCAUAAAGAACAAAAUUGAAACUAAAGAAUGAAAUUGAAACUAUAAAGAACAAAAUUGAAACUAUAAAGAACAAAAUUGAAAGUAUCAAUAAUGAAAUUAAAAUGAUAAAGAACAAAAUUGAAACUAUAAAGAAUGAAAUUGAAACAAAUCGAAACUAUAACAAAGUUGAAACUCUAAAUAACAAAAUUGAAAGUAUCAAUAAUGAAAUUAAAAUGAUAAAGAACAAAAUUGAAACUAUAAAGAACAAAAUUGAAAGUAUCAAUAAUGAAAUUAAAAUUAUAAAGAACAAAAUUGAAACUAUAAAGAAUGAAAUUGAAACAAAUCGAAACUAUAACAAAGUUGAAACUCUAAAUAACAAAAUUGAAAGUAUCAAUAAUGAAAUUAAAAUGAUAAAGAACAAAAUUGAAAGUAUAAAUGAAGAAAUUGAAACUAUAAAGAACGAAAUUAAAAUGAUAAAGAACAAAAUUGAAACUAGAAAGAAUGCAAUUGAAACUAGAAAGAAUGCAAUUGAAACGAUAAAGAAUGCAAUUGAAACUAGAAAUAACAAAGUUGAAACUAUGAAGAACAAAAUUGAAGCUAUAAAUAGCUAAGUUAAAACUAAAAAUACAUUAAAAAGAUGAAGAACAAAAUCAAAAAAAACAUAAGAAACAAACCCAAAACAGCCAACCAACCAAAAAAUUAACUUUAAUUACAAAAAGGCUAAUUGAGCUCGGUUUAAAUAGCUGUAUAUGAUUGAGUUAAAGCUAAUCAUAGCACUGAGUGAAGGCAUACUUUUAAUAAGGUAUUCGAUUUACUUGAACAGAAGAGUUCCUUGUACAUAUUUUUUGCCUCUUCACUGUUGAUAUGUACUUAGUCAACCAACGGGAAAAUAAAAGAGAAGAAAAAUUAACACACACACACACACACACAACAAAAAAAUACGGUACCAAAAGGAAAACCAAGAAAAUUGUAUAGGAGAAGAGUAAAUAGUAGCCUCACUGCAAGAAAAAAAAACACCUUCUGUAAAUAUGCUUGGGCUUCCAGUUAUAAAUUUUGUAAUUUUUGUCAUUUAUUUAUAUCCUAUAAAAGCACACAAAAUAAAAGGAAGUUGUACAGUC